AUGGCUAACCUGCAGCAGGAAUACCCUGGAGUUCUUCUGGGGAUCCUGGAGGAACUGGCCAAUAUGCGCCAGUGGCUUACGUUCCAGGAUCUUUGUCGUAUGGUCAGCAGCCGCUUUGACCUCGAGCACCUUAUUGAGCUCAGGAGUUUGCUCUUUGCUGCAGCUAGCAGGGAUCCCUGUUUCCCAGCCACUCUGUUCAGGGACAGAGUUUCUACCAGAGGCCAGGGGCUAUCACCCAUAGGUGUCGCUGCUGACAUAGUAACUAUCUUCAAUCUUAUUCAGAUGACGGGUGGGGUCUCUGAAGGGAGCCAACCAAUGAGAGCCCCCACUGUCCUGCCUGUUGACCAGUCCCCAGGCCCCAGUCUGCCUGGGAUCCACCAGCUGAAUAUCCCUGGUCGAGAACGAGUACGCGCCCACUCUGACUCCAGUGGCCAGCCUAUUGACCAGCACUUGCUUUUUCCAAAAUCAAAUUACUCAGCGCGGAAACGAGCAAGUCUUCCCCCGGAUCCUAUCUCACUUGUGUCCUCCCCCCCAAUAAGAGCGAGGGCUGUGUCUUUCGACUUGCCUCACACCACCCUUCUGUAUCCUAGCAGUCAAAUCCCUGACAACGCAAUGAAGAAUAUCUACCUACCUUUGGAAACAGACAGUGAGUCUAGUGGAGAUUCUGCCACCGUGGAGGUGUUUGAAGCUGAACAGGGAACAUCGGUUGACCAGAAGAGAAACAUCUUCAGGAAAGACUUCCACAACCAGCCACCUUUAAUACCCCAGGUCACUGUUAGCAGUGAGUCUCCCAGUCCCAACAAAGGGCAGAAAGGAUUCGACAAUCUCAGCUUUGAUAUGAUCCCUAAUCCUUACCCAUCACCAACAGCAGUUUACCAGACUCCAGAGCAGCGAGUUAAACAUGAAAGCUUGGAUGACCUACAGGACUCAACGUAUUUCGGACCCGGCUCUAUCCCGGAACCAUCCCCACGGCACCUUCAACCUCCUAGGACAAAAAAGCAUGCAUGGAGCAGUAAAAGUCACAGUCUAGAGGAUCGGCUAGGCCUAGACAGCAUUGGCAUGGGCAUAGAAUCACAAGGGGGGCAACUUCCAAGACGUUCAACCCCUGCUAUCAGUAGGGGAUUUGGGGGGUCUUCAGGAGGAGAGAGUGGAGAUAGUGGAUUGCCAGGUGGAGCUGAUGGAUUCAAAGCUCAGGCAACACAGACAGACCCACCGGACCCUCGGCGACUCCGUAGCCUUGUUCAUGCUGAUCGCCUCUCUUUUAUGACCUCAUUAGAUGACCCUGAGUUUGGGGAAGAUGACAUCAGUGCCAUCUUUCGUUUCUUAGAUGACAUUAGUAUGUGUGGUUCCACAGGAGUCCUGCACCCCAGUGAUAGCACCGCUAACCAGGACACCCCUGAGGCUAGACGUGGCCGGCUAGGUCAACUCCAGAGGCUCUUUCACUCUCUAGAAAGCAGUGACGAUGGGCUGAAAGCCAGUGUCUGUAAGUUACUGCUUCGUAUGAGCCAGAUAGAAAGACAACUAGAAUCGCUGAAUGAUGUGAAGUCUGAGAUUUCCCAGGUACUUUCUGCUUUGCAGCGAUUAGAUGAAAAGAUCCAGCAGCCACCUGGAGGUGGCGGCCAAGUUACAGGUGGGAGAUGGCUUGAACCUCUUAGUGGUGUCUCCUCUUUCAUGAGCCACCCUUUAACUCCUUCAGAAUCAUCAGAACCUCAACCUUUGUCUGCAUCUGGACAUCUGUUUCCCGCUACCAGCUCCAGUAGUCUGGACUGGAGCCGUUGGAAUACUCCAGGAGAUCAAACAGAAAGCAGCAAAGGUCAGGCAGAUUCAAAGGGCGUGAAAGAAGGGAAGAAGGAUGCAUCAUCUAGUCGUGCCUCUAAAACCCAGCCUGAAGAGAAAAGUGUCUCUGACUCCAAACAACUGAAUGUGUCUAACUCUGCAAGAGACUGGACUGUGUCAUUCUCGAAAAGUAAAGAUGGCAAAGCUUCACAAAGAAAAACCGGGCAGGCAGAUCAGUCGGGCAGCACCACUAACCUACUCUCCCAAAAGCCUGCCAGCCUGGUGGAACAAGUGUUUAACUCAUCCCUGUUCCACCACAAAGACAGCAGUCUCACAGGGGGGCUAAGCUCUGGAAAGGUCCUGGACCCCAGAAUGGCCGAGGGAAGGGGAAGGCCAAUAUGGACUGUAGAUGACAGAGAAGCACGAAUCUCACCAUUGGACUUACAGGCUCCUGAGUCUCUGAACCCGAACAACAUGGAGUUCUGGAUGGACGACAUCUACAAUCCAGGCUACGAUGCUCUACUCAGGCGUAAAGAAGCUGAUCUCCGCCGGGCCAAGAUCUGCAAGCUGAUUGCACUCAUAGCCACUGCAGUGACUAUCAUUCUCAUCAUCGUCAUUCCCAUUUGCACCAUGGGCCAGUGA